AUCUAAAUCUAGGAGCAUCAUAGAUUCAUAGUCUACAGAAAGAAGUUGCAGAGUUGAGUAAUUUCCAAGAUAUGAAGUACGAACCUCUGUUACUUCCAACAACUUCCAGUGUACAGGAAGAAGAAGAAGAAGGAAACCUGGUCAAACAAACAUGGGCAGAGUCGAAGAAGAUCUGGCACGUAGCCGGACCCACCAUUUUCAGCCGCCUCGCCAUGUUUUCUCUCACCGUCAUCACCCAAUCAUUCGCCGGCCACCUCGGUGAUCGCGACCUCGCAGCAAUCACCCUCGUCACCACUCUUCUCAUAGGCAUCACUUUCGGCUUCUUGCUUGGGAUGGCAAGUGCACUCGAGACUUUGUGUGGCCAGGCUUAUGGAGCAAAACAGUAUCAUAUGUUGGGCGUUUACUUGCAGCGUUCAUGGAUUGUGCUGUCUUUGGGCGCUAUUGUUAUGUUGCCACUUUUUAUAUUUGCGUCACCUAUAGUGAAGUUGUUAGGUCAGCCGGAUGACGUGGCUGAACUGACUGGGAAGGUCGCGAUAUGGCUAAUUCCAAUGCACUUGAGCUUUCCGCUCCAGUUUUCUUUCAUGAGGUUCUUGCAGUGCCAGCUAAAGACUUGGGUGAUUGCUUGGAUUUGUGGCGGGGUGCUUGUUCUACAUGUGGUUUUGAGCUGGGUUUUCAUUUAUAUAUUGGAGGUUGGAAUUGUUGGAACUGCUCUUAUUCUUGAUGUAUCUUGGUGGACUUCUGUUCUGGGACUCGUUGCUUAUAGUCUCUUUGGUGGAUGCCCUCAUUCUUGGACUGGUUUCUCCAAACAAGGCUUCCUCGGACUUUGGGAGUUCUUUAAGCUUUCUCUGGCUUCCGGAAUUAUGCUCUCGUUGGAAAAUUUCUACUUCAGAAUUUUAAUCAUAGUCUCAGGCUAUAUAAAGAAUGCUGAGGUUGCCAUUGAUGCUCUCUCCGUCUGUGUUACUAUCAUUGGUUGGGAAUCCAUGAUCCCGUUAGGACUUUUUGCUGCAACAGGGGUACGCGUAGCAAAUGAACUUGGAGCUGGCAAUGGAAAAGGAGCAAAGCUUGCAACCAAAGUGUCAUUGUUGAACUCCAUAGCUAUCGGGAUUUUGUUUUGGUUGAUUAUUAUUGUGUUCCCUGACAAGCUUGCUAUGAUCUUCACAUCUAACACCUCCGUCAUUCAAAUGGUUCGGGAACUUGCAUUUCUGUUAGGAACGACCAUUCUCAUCAACUGCAUUCAACCAAUUCUUUCAGGAGUAGCUGUUGGAUCUGGUUGGCAAGCGCUGGUGGCAUAUGUAAACAUAGGAAGUUAUUAUCUCGUUGGAAUCCCUUUCGCGUUAACCCUCGGAUGGUUCUUCCAUUUCGGAUUAAAGGGCAUCUGGAUUGGAAUGAUAUGUGGAACUGUGGUUCAAACCUUGAUUUUAACAAUCCUCACAUUGAAACAAGGGUGGGAGAGAGGUAAAACACUAUAGUGGUAAUUUUAUUUUUAAUUAAAAAAAAUGGACAGAACAAAUCCAUCAACUUUCAUAGUGUUGGGUACUUUUGGUUCUCUACUGUUUCAUUUGUAUAGAAACAUCAAGUAGUGCUAAUUCAGAAAAAUCAAGUAGCUUCAAAACAUCAUUACUGUUUUGUACAAUAAUCCACCAUAUUGGACCAAUGUAUUGUUUAUUUAUAUGAU